AUGGAGUUCAAGCAUUUGCUCUGGUUGAUUGGAGUAUUAUACAUUUGCUCGAGGUCUUUGUGCAUUAAAGCCCAAAUCAAUCCCACCUGCAGCGAAAACGUGAAGAUAUAUUCUGCGAAGCCAUCUACCUAUUAUACGACCGGUUACGUUAACUGUGGAGGAUGGAAGCGACGAGAAGUUUCGUAUCAAUGCCCCAAAACAACUUGUUCCCUGGACUAUUCAUUAUCUUCCCGAUCCAUUUGCUGCCCCGGUUUUUGCACCAAUUCGGAUGGGUUAUGUAUCCCGACCUGUAAAUCGCGUUGUGAAAAUGGAUAUUGCGCAGAACCUGAUAAGUGUAAAUGCUUUGAAGGAUACACGAUGGUCGGUGGAGUUUGUAAACCCUUAUGCAGUAACUGCCAGAAUGGGACCUGUGUUGCUCCGAACCAGUGCAUGUGCAACAAGGGCUUUGAGCGCAGCAAUGGUGGUUCUUGCGUUCCAAAGUGCAACGGCAUCUGUUUGAACGGGAUCUGUACUACAAGCGGAGAGUGCAUCUGUGCGGAAGGGUAUUUCAAAAGUACGGCUAUCGCGGACUAUGACGGAUUCGGAAAUGCAACACUGUGCAUACCGAGCUGUGAUAAGCCUUGUCAAAACGGUCAGUGCGUCGGACGUAAUCGAUGCCAAUGUCGCGAGGGAUUCCAACCUUCACAAGAUCAGUUUCAAUGCAAACCGAUCUGUAUGAACGAUUGUACCAAUGGCGUGUGUACGGCUCCGAAUAUCUGCCAAUGCAAUCAAGGUUAUCGGUUCGAAGUUGAUCGAUGUGUACCAGUAUGUGAUCCACCAUGUCGGAAUGGUGCCUGCGUAGAGCCAAAUGUGUGUGAAUGCCACGAAGGAUACAAGAAAUGGGCAAACUCUACCUACAGAUGUUCCCCAACAUGCGAUUCCCCGUGUGAAAAUGGUUUCUGUUAUGAACCGAAUAAGUGUCAGUGCAAUGAUGGUUACUCUCGUUCGUCGCUUUAUGAUCACAAGUGUGACCCGAUCUGUGAACCGAAAUAUGUUAACGAACAGAACGGUAUCUGCAUAGCACCGAACGUGCUGCAAUGCAAAGAAAACUAUCAUCUAACGCGACUCCACCAAAGCAACGUGAUAGGAUGUGAACGGAUCUGUAAUCCCGAAUGUGUGAAUGCUCGGUGUGUGGAAGAAGAUCACUGCGAAUGCCAUGAAGGAUACGUAGCACGCAAGGAUAUGCCCAACAUAUGUAUGCCGGUCUGUGAUCCACCCUGUGAGAUGGCCCAAUGCAUUGCCCCGAACGUGUGUGAAUGUCACGUGGGUCACGAAAAGAACGAAACACAUCUUUGUGUACCAGCCUGUGACCCGACGGUGGUGGACUGUAGCCAGGGCCGUUGUACAGCAGUGAAUGUAUGCGAGUGCGACGAAGGAUACGCUUUGGAGAUUGGCGAGGACAAGGUACAACGAUGUGUUCCUGUGUGCGAUCCCCCGUGCAGUUUUGGGACAUGCUCCAAUCCUAACCAAUGUCAGUGCUGGGAGGGUUACAGUGAGUCCCCAACUGCAUUCUCGAUUUGUGAGCCCGUUUGUGUGGAUGACUGUGAAAAUGGAACCUGUGUGGCGCCUGCAAAGUGUGAAUGUCUCGACGGAUAUGUGGCUGUUAAUGCGAAUAGCUGCUCUCCUUACUGUGAUCCUGAGGUAGUCGAUUGCGAAACUAGUGGUAGUUGUAUCGGACCCAACGAAUGUGAGUGCUUCGAAGGAUAUAGGAUGCAAACGACCGUUCUGCCCAAUCGUUGCAUGCCGCAGUGUUCCGAUCUUGCAGAAUACGCCGAAUGUACAUCUCCGAAUGAGUCACGUUGUAUAGCGGGAUAUGAAGCUGUAUAUGAUCAAGAACUGUUGAAAGAAUGUGCUCCAGUCUGCGAACAAGAGUGUGAUAAUGGCACCUGCACCGCGCCCAAUCAGUGCACUUGUUUCGAAGGAUAUACAGCGGGAUAUAAUGAAACCUGCACUUCCAUCUGCGAGAAGAACUGCGAAGGAAGCAAUGGAGUCUGUCUCGAGAAUCUGUGUCAAUGUUUCGACGGCUACAGUAACCUGGUCAACGCAUACACUUGCUCGCCGAUCUGCGAGCGAUGUGAUCAUGGUGAGUGCGUAAUGCCAGACGAGUGCUCUUGUUUCGACGGCUAUGAGAUGAACAAUCAGACAGAUACAUGCGCACCUGUAUGCGGUAAUUGUACGGAAGAGAUGUACUGCAAGUCACCUGACGAAUGUGCAUGUCAUGGAGACAAGAUGCUGAUAGUGGACGACCAGAACAACAUAAAGUGUGUUCCGCCUGCAGAAACCAAGUUUCUGAUUAAGGAUAACUUGGUUUUGUGGGCCAUGAUUGGAACGAUUGGUGGACUCGCAACACUGUUCGGUAUAGCAUACAUCAUGUACAAACGAUCUUCCGGUAGUUUCAAUACUACAGUAAGAAUGAGUGACAUCAAACUGAUCGAUUAAAAAGAUGUUCAAAACAGUGGUUAUUUUGUAAACCGUUGCCUCGUUCACAUUAUCUGUAGUGUUAUACUUAACAUAGCAAAAACUCCAAACUGUAUUAUAUUCUGAAACCUUGAAAGUUUAAGUUUCCCUAGCUUAAAUAUUAUUGGACAGAAACAAAAAUGUAAGCACUUGAAAUCAUAUCCUGUGAGUAGUUAAUUUCUUAGUUCCUGAGUAGGAUUCCAAAGCAAUUCCAAUACCGCAUAACUUCACCUCAAAACAGCAGCAGAAACAACACAUUGAAUAAGUGUUAUAUGACCUGUCACGAUGUAUAACAUUGGUAGCAACAACCCAACAAUUCAUCCCAGACUAUUCAUGAUCGAUAGCGUGGUUAAUGAUUUACUUAUAUAGUGCUAUCCAGCGGUUUCAUGGUCUGCAGAAGCUAAAGAAGUCCUCUAAACCGCUCACGGUCGACCGUCGUUGUCAGCUCGUCCAUCAUCCGGCUUUUAUGACAGAGGCAUCAACACAAUCGCUCCAGCUUAGUUUGGGCUUAGCAAACCUCUUCUAUCCAUGAGGAUCACCUAAAAGGACUUUCGGAUCGUGUAGUGUAUAUGCUAUCACCAAGUCAACCAUUUUGGUCCAGUUGAGCUAGGCUGCGACGAUGAUGCCGACCGAUCCUAGACCACCGAGUUAGCCAGUUUUCGACAAACAGUACGUCUCGUGGAAAUUGAAAGCAAUAAGCCCUUUAAAUGAAGUGAAUACCUUUCC